AUGAAUGACAAUGAUCGGUUGCAGCGCGAAAAGAAAUUGGCCAUUGUAAAGUUCGAAGAGGAAGUAAAGAGAGGAGAGUCCGCUCGAUCGGCAUUAGAGUCACUCCAAUUGUCCAAUGCUAACUUAACGGCAAUGCAUGAAUCGGAUACUACACUUCUCGUAAAACGAGAUCGCCGGAUACAGCAAUUACGAGACGAUCUACUGGCUGAAGGAGGUCGGCGAGAAGGAGCGGAAAGAGAGACUAGAGAGACAAGGAGGGAACGAGAUGAGACGGUAGAAGCCCUGAGAAAAGAAGCCGCAGAAGACAGAGAACAAUGCUCGAGGGCGACUACUCAGUACGACAUGGUUUCCCAAUCGUUCAGAAGCCUUGAAGAGCGGUAUUCGAAGCAAACAAAAACCCUUCAUGCAGACCUUGCGGGCCUGAAAUCCACAAUUGAAACCGACAAGCGAAGGCUCAUGCAGAUGGAAGUGGUCAUGGAGCAAAUGGCAAAGGAGGCUGAGCGGACCAGGCGAGCCAAAGAUAAAUUAUCUGCGGAAUUCGAAGCGUACAAGGCUGAGCAGGAGGAGGCUACACGGCAUAUCAGAGAGAUGGCCAGACAUCAGGACGAGACAACUAACAACACGCAUCGUCAAAUGAUCGAUGCGUUGGGUCGCAUGAAGUACAUUAUAAAUGUCAAGCGGGACUUGAGAGAUGCGGCGUAA